AUGUCGCUGCCUGUCGUAAACAUAAAUAUUGACUAUGAAACAGAGAAAGAACUCAUCAAGAACUUUCUCUCGACUUUCAAGGGACAGGAGAAGGACUUGGCGCGUGGAAUUGCGGACAUUGACCUCGACAAUGACGAAGAGAUGCCCACCGUGACUGUGGGACUUAAGUACAUGGUGUACUUGCAACACAUAGCAAAUCGCGAGCAGGAAAUGCUGAUCAUUGAUUUGGAAGACAUUGCCGAACAUGAGAAGACCGUCGCAGAACUCGUCGCGCGAAUCCGUCUCAAUACCCGUCGAUACGUGACCUUGUUUAGUGAGGUUGUGGACAAGCUAAUGCCAGUGCCAACAAAGGACAUCAGUGAGCAGGACGAAGUGAUCGAUGUGAUUCUCCACCAAAGAAGGGAGCGGAAUGAGAGACUUGAGGGGGGUCAGGAAGGAUUCCCAGACCAUCUCCUGCGACGAUACAAUCUCUACUUCAAGCCUCUCCUGUCAGACAUCGCCAUGGCCGUCCGCGAAGUGCGAGGCACACACCUCGGCAAACUCAUCACGGUCCGCGGCAUCGUCACUCGCGUGUCGGAAGUCAAGCCUCUCCUCAGGGUCAAUGCGUACACCUGUGAUGUGUGCGGCUCUGAAACAUUUCAGCAAGUCUCGAACAAGCAAUUCACACCUAUCUUCGAUUGCCAAAACGAAAAUGAAUGCAAGAAGAACGGUAUUCAUGGUUCGUUGCAUAUGCAGACAAGAGCAUGUCGUUUCAGUCCGUUUCAGGAAGUGAAGAUUCAAGAAAUGGCGGACCAAGUGCCUGUGGGCCACAUUCCACGCUCUAUGACAAUCCAUGUCCACGGUAAUCUUACGCGCCAAAUGAGCCCAGGAGACGUAGUACACAUCGGUGGCAUAUUCCUUCCCAUUCCAUACACAGGCUUCCAAGCUAUCCGAGCAGGACUACUGACAGACACGUAUGUCGAGGCGCACCACAUCCACCAACUCAAGAAGCAGUACAACGACAUGGAGAUCACUCCAGAGACCCGGCAAGCAAUUCUCGAGUUGAAAGACGACCCCCAGCUGUACAACAAGCUUGCACAGAGUAUCGCGCCCGAAAUUUACGGGCACGUUGACGUGAAGAAAGCGCUGCUCUUGCUGCUGGUAGGCGGAGUAACCAAAACCUUGGGUGACGGUAUGAAGAUCAGGGGAGACCUUAACAUGUGCUUGAUGGGUGACCCUGGUGUGGCGAAAUCUCAGCUGCUCAAAUACAUCUCAAAGGUUGCCCCCAGAGGUGUAUACACCACUGGUAAAGGUUCAUCAGGUGUCGGUCUCACUGCUGCUGUCAUGCGCGACCCCGUGACGGACGAGAUGGUGUUGGAGGGUGGUGCGCUGGUGCUGGCUGACAACGGCAUUUGCUGUAUCGACGAGUUCGACAAGAUGGAAGAAGCAGACCGAACGGCAAUACACGAAGUCAUGGAACAGCAGACAAUCUCCAUUUCGAAAGCAGGCAUUUCCACAACUCUGAACGCUCGCACGUCCAUCCUUGCUGCUGCAAAUCCGCUCUACGGCCGGUACAAUCCGAAGGUUUCGCCUGUGGAGAACAUCAACUUACCAGCUGCCUUGCUCUCUCGGUUCGACUUACUGUUCCUGAUGCUUGACAAACCCUCUAGAGACGAUGAUGAACGACUCGCCCAGCACGUCGCGUACGUGCACAUGUACAACCGUCACCCUGAACAAGAGUUUGACUUGGUGGAUCCCAAUCUUGUUCGACAUUACAUCGCCCUUGCCAGGCAGCGGCGCCCGACUGUACCCCCAGAAGUUUCCAACUACGUCGUCGAGUCGUACGUCCGCCUGCGCAAGCUAUCAAAAGACGAGGAGGAACAAAAGAAGUCACACACCUACACCUCUGCGCGGACACUCCUCGGCGUCCUGCGUCUGGCGCAGGCGCUGUGUCGGCUCCGUUUCUCUGACCUCGUCGACCAUGCGGACGUGGACGAGGCACUGCGAUUGAUGGAGGUCAGCAAGGAGAGCUUGCAAGACGACGACGACAAGGACCGUGAUCAGGACCGGUCUGACGUCAGCCAGAUAUACCGGCUUAUCAAGGAGAUGUCGACAGAUGUACGAGCGGGGGCGAAGGGUAAGCAGCGUAAGGGGCGCUCGCGGCGCAUGGGUCGCGGUCCUGCAGGCGAACAUGACAUGGACGUUGAUGAUGAGGAUGAAGACGAUGUGGAGGAGCUGUCCAUGGUUGAAAUCAGAGCUCGCGUAUUACGGAGCGGUUUCACUGAGGCGCAACUCAUGGAAACCAUCCAGCAGUACGAGGGCAUCGAUGUGUGGACCCGUGUCGCGAACAACUCGAAGCUACGGUUCAUCGACAGCUGA